AGCAGCCUGGAGGUCGUUUUACACAAAUAUUUGUGCGGGGGAAGCGGAGGUUGAAGUGCACCAGGGGUGGAGCAACGUCCGAAAAAGGCUGGGAUCAGAACAUUUCAUACCUGAUAAGGACCUCGCCAAGAUGGCCGGCUAAAGCUCCAUCCACAUACUCUUCUGUGUUGGCCAGCUGCACAAAAACAUAACAAAAAGGUCCCGUGUGACGCGCCAUCCCAGUCUGGAAUGUUCCUUUAAUGGGACUUGCAAAGCACUGCGUGGAAAUGAAAGACUCUGCAGGUCUUGGAUCGGUGGCACACGAGCUGGACUUUCACUCCUCCUCCUCUUCCUCCUCCUCCUCCUCCUCCUCGCUGCUCUUCUUCAGGCGCCGUGUGGGAUCAUGCUUGCUCCUGCCUCAGUCCUCCGCACGCCUCCGCCUCAGUGGAUCUCAGCUGAGUGACAGAGAAAGUCCACACCGGAUUUGAACGCGCGCACCUUUCUUUGCACCACCUGCCCCCUUUCCGUGCACCUCCUGUGGAUUGUACAGAGGCCCUCGUCAUGCUGCUGCUGGUGCUGGUGAUGAGCGUUGUCAUGUUGUCAGGUGCAGUUUUUGCAGUGCAGCCCCUGAGGGGCUUUGCGGAGCAUCUGGAAGGCGUCUAAACGCCGCUCGUCCUGGCCCGAGCUGCCAAACUUGAUCUGUGUCACAGUCUGAGGCCGGCAGGUGCACAAUGGCGCCAUUAUCCCUUUUGCAUAACGCUUCCGACGGAGAGGUGUUCCGUGCGGGCGUGGCCCCCCGCUGCGAGAGCCGGGCCUGCAACCCUCGCAUGGGCAACCUGGCCCUGGGCCGCCGCGUCCUGACCCAAACCGCGUGCGGCAACAACGGCACCGAGCCCUACUGCGCCCACGCCGACCCGGGUCUGGCGUGCGGCGCCGCCAAGUGCGGCAAGUGCAACGCCGCCCUCCCGCACCUGGCCCACCUGGCCGCCGCCAUGUCCGACUCCUCCUUCCGCCACCCCGACACCUGGUGGCAGUCGGCCGAGGGCGUUGAGUCGGAGACGGUGCAGUUGGACCUGGAGGCGGAGUUCUACUUCACGCACCUCAUCGUGGUGUUCCGCUCGGCGCGGCCCGCCGCCAUGACGCUGGAGCGCUCGCAGGACUUUGGGCGGACGUGGCGGAUGCUGCAGUACUACGCCGCUAACUGCAGCGCCGCUUACGGGCUCGCCGAGGGCAAGGCAAACUCUGGGAGGGACGGCGCCACGUGCACGUCCAAAUACUCCAAGGCGUACCCGUGCACUCGGGGAGAGGUGAUUUACCGGACUCUGCCCAAGUGGGAGUCUUUGGACCCCUUCGGCCUGGAGGGCCAGCAGCAGCUGCGGGUGACCAACGUUAGGAUCCGCCUCCUCCAGCGCCAGCCGUGCCCCUGCCAGGCCAAAGAGCCCGCCUCCUCGGGCGGGGACGCCCCGCCCACCCGACACUUCGCCAUUUACGACUUGAUCGUGAAGGGAAGCUGCUUCUGCAACGGCCACGCCGAGCACUGCGUCCCCGCGGCGGGGUACCGACCCAUCCGGGACCGCACCAACCACGUGGUCCACGGGAAGUGUGUGUGCAGACACAACACGGCCGGCGAGCACUGCGAGCGCUGCGCCCCGCUCUACCACGACCGACCCUGGCAGCCCGCCGACGGCCUGACGGGGGCGCCGCACGAGUGCCGCAGGUGCAAGUGUAACGGGCACGCUCACAGCUGCCGCUUCGAUUGGUCGGCGUGGCGGGAGUCUGGCCAGCGCAGCGGCGGCGUGUGCGACUGUCUGCACAACACCGAGGGGCGCCAGUGUCAGAGCUGCAAGGCCGGCUUCUACAGGGACCCCUGGCGAGCGCACAACGCCCCCGACUCCUGCAAGCUGUGCAGCUGUCACCCUCUGGGCUCCAUGGCCUUCCACUCGGCGGGCGACUCCCUCUGCGACCCCGCCAACGGCAACUGCAUCUGCAAGCCCGGAGUGGGCGGGGCUUCCUGUGACAGGUGCAUGGUGGGAUACUGGGGCUUCCACGAGUACGGGUGCCGCCCAUGCGACUGCGCUGGAGACUGUGACCCCUUCACGGGGGACUGCGUGCUGGGAUCUGACUUGUACAAUUUGGAGGGAAACUCCAGCGAGCCAAUCAGGAUCUUCCGAGUGGACGAGCUCUUCUCCGCCCUGCACUACUCAGAGAAGUGUGAGUGCAAAGAGCAGCCGCUGACCAACAGCAAACUGUUCUGCACCAUGAACUACGCUUAUGUGAUGAAGGUGAAGGUGCUGUCGGCGCACGACAAAGGUUCCCACGCCGAGGUGGAGGUCAAAGUUCAGAAGGUGCUGAGCCAGAAGGUGAAGAUACAGCGGGGGCGCGUCACCCUUUACCCCGAGUCCUGGACGGCGCGAGGAUGCACCUGUCCCAUCCUCAACCCAGGGGCGGAGUACCUGGUGGCGGGACACACGGACAGGAAGCAGGGUCACCUCCUGGUCAACAUGAAGAGCUUGGUCAAGCCAUGGAGGGCCAGCUUGGGACGAAAAGUCCUCACGCUGCUCCAGAAGGACUGCAACUGGUAGAUGGACAACACCCGGGGACUGAUGGACGGAUGCUGGACUCGAAAGAGACGUCCUCCAUGCGUGGAUUAUUAUUAUUAUUAUUAUUAUUGAUAAUGAUGAUGAUGAUGAUGAAACGGCACAGACUGACUGAAACGUGUCGGCGCUGAGUUCCUCUCUGCAGCACUUUACGCCAAGAUGGACGGGCGGAAUAUGGACGCACAAAGCGAGGACGCACACAGUGUGGACAAACACGAAGCCAUACCAGAAGGUGGCCGCAAAGGUGAAUGUAUUAGCUUAGCACAGUCUUGCCUUUAGCCAGCAGACAACAACUGUUCCACGCAUAGACAUCUUCUAAGGGUACGCAGCAUGGAGCGCUACUGCCUACUGGCGCUGACGAGACGCGGGGCCGCCAUCUUGGAGUGGUGAUCCGCUCCACUCAGUGCAAUUCAUUUGGCAGGAGCAAUGAACAUUUAAUUCAUCUUACCUCACUGAACACCACUGAUUUUCACGCGCUUUUUUUGUCAUACGUGUAGCUAUGAUAAAGGACACUUGUUUUAUUAUUCAUAGUUUGCUUAACAGUAAUAGAAUAUUCUUAUAUGCUAUAAGUCAGUGUUUUUCAACCACUGUCUGUGAGAUACAGUCUAGUGUGCUGUGGAAGAUUAUGUAAUUUCACCUAUUUGGGUUAAAAAUGUUUUUUGCAAACCAGUAAUUAUAGUCGGCAAAUGAUGUGUUGUUGUUGAGUUUCUCGGCUGUCUAGAGCUCGGCAGAGUAACCGUGUAAUACUCUUCCAUAUCAGUAGGUGGCAGCCGGUAGCUAAUUGCUUUGUAGAUGUCGGAAACAGCGGGAGGCAGCGUGCAGGUAAAAAUGUAUCUAAUGCUAAAACCAAAAGUAAACAAAAGGUGAGUGCCCCUAGGAAAAGGCUGUGAAGCUUAGGGAAGGCUAUGCAGAACGAAACUAAAACUGAACUGGCUACAAAGUAAACAAAAACAGAAUGCUGGACGACAGCAAAGACUUACUGUGGAGCAGAGACGGCGUCCACAAUGUACAUCCGAACAAGACAUGACAAUCAACAAUGUCCACACAAAAAAGGAUAAAAACAACUGAAAUAUUCUUGAUGGCUAAAACAAAGUAGAUGCAGGAAAUAUCGCUUAAAGGAAGACAUGAAACUGCUACAGGAAAAUACCGGAAAAAGAGAAAAAAAAAAACCAAAAUAGAAGCACAAAACAAGGACUAAAACACUACACACAGGAAAACAGCAAAAAAGUCCAAAUAAGUCAGGGUGUGAUGUGACAGGUGGUGACAGUACACCUACUUUGAGACAAGAGCUAUAGUGAUGCAUGCUUGGUUAUGCUUUAAAGAAUUGCGACAACAACUUUUUACUGUCAACUGAGUUUCGUUUUUCAAAGAUUUCUGCUGGUGGUGUGCCUUUGGAUUUUUUCAACGUAAAAAAAAUGUGCUUUGGCUCAAAAAAGGUUGAAAAACACUGCUAUAAGUGACCAGACGUCCGAGAUCAAAACUGGGAAUAUAAUCCCAGAGAAGGGGAAAAAAACGGUCAGCUAUUUUUAAAAAUUGAAAAAACAAUGGUGAGGUUAUAUAUACAUGUGUAUAUCCUACAUAAACAAUGUAUGAAUACAUUAGAUAUCUAUAUAUCUUAUAGACUGCAGCUCUGUUACUGCAGCUGCACAGAGUUUAUUCGGUCUUGACACUUUGUAUUGAUAUUUUCUAUUACAUUCUUCCCUUAAAUGAUCAUGUUUACACUGAUUGUUUUAGAUGUAUUUUUUAUGUAUGUCGCUUUGGAUAAAAGCCAAAUACUUCAACAUAAACAUAUAUAAACACCUGAAAGUCUUUAUAUCAGCUAAAACCACCAAUCUGUUGCACUGGAUUCAGAAUAAAACCAAAUUCUGUCUUACCCAACAAUGUUAGUAUUUGAAUAUUGUUAUUUGAAGACUUAUUCCUGGUUACAAUUAUACUGUUAAGAAAGUAUUGUCUCAUACUUUGCCUAAAAUGAGAAUGCAUCAUAAUCAGGGGCGGCUGGUGAAUUUUGUUUUAGGUGGGGCUGAAAGUUUGUAAAGCAAAGCCCUGUAGGGGGGUCAUCCUCACCCAGAAGAUUUCUUUGUGAUUUUCACAUACAAAUGAAGCAUUCUGGUGCAUUCUGACAAAAUAAUGAAGACAAAAUAGAACAUUUCAUAGGUUUGCAGAGAACUAUAUACAAUAUGGUAAUAUUAUUUUCACAAAAUACAACCAAUAGUACAUUAAUGUUAAAUCUUACUUGUGAAAGGUAAUCCCCCGAUUCCUAUUCCCAACAGUCCGCUCAUUUGAGCAGGAAAACGCUGAACACCAUCUUUGUUUUCUACCUGUCAACCGUCAGUUGACGGGAUCCUCAUCACCACUUCAAGAUGGCGGCCCAGUUUCUCGCGUCACAGAAGCCAAUGCUGCGUCUACUUAAAAGAUGUCUAUGGUUCCACGUACUGCACUCACUUCCUGCUCUCCUACCCUUGUUUGUGUUUGAUGUAAAUAUUGUUAUUGUCAUGUGACCGCGUUCUCCAACUCGCUAUGAUGGUUAGCUUGCAUUCUGCUAGCUCUUACAGGUUUGUAGCAUUUCACCACCUUUCUCUUUCACUUUCUGUUUCCCAACCUGAGGGCAGUGAUAAUACAAUGAUCCAUAAACCAUGA